AUGUUAUUUCGGAGCAAUUUUUCGCUGCCGACGCCGAAACGACGACUGGGCGCUUCUAUUUUCUUGUCUUUUCUCUCGCUGUCUUCCAUUUACUAUUUCCUUUGCGAUCGCGCAAGUGUUGGCACACGCCUACAGAAAAUAAGCGAGGCGACUGGCUUGGGAGGUUAUACGGGGAUAUGGAAAUGGGGUGAUGGAGAUGGCUUGGAGGUAGAUGAAGAGGGCUCUGGGGAAGCCGUUAAUCUGGUGGUUUUCGGAGACUCGUGGGUUGAUGAUACUCCUCAAAGCGGGCAGAGUGGUAGAGGGAAGAGCUGGGCAAGAGUCGUCUGUGAAGAGAUUCAUUGCUCCUCAUACACUAGCUUUGCUGCGACGCAGCCGAGCGAUGCGUAUCCGGCGAACCCUCCAACCGGUGUUAUGGCAUCAAAUGCAGUAUACCGCAAAGCAUUGGAGCAAUCUCGUAGCGGAUCAAUGACCAAUCAGACAGAUUUACUCCCCGAUCUUGGAAGCCAGAUCCAGUCGUUUAUCGGUGGGAAGCAAUCAGCUGUCCGCGAUUCGAGAGAAACGAUAUUUGUCCUAUCUCUGGGCUUCUGGGAGGUUUACCAUUAUGCUUCCAUGGAAUUCGAAUUUGCGGAAAGCACAACUGACUCAGCGGUCGACGGGCUUUUCGAUCAAAUCGAACUUCUUUAUCGUCAUGCUGUAAAUAACACGUCGACCACAGCUCAGCAGUUAGAGUCAAACAGCUCCACGCCAGCAAAUGCUCCAGUCUUUCGGGUUAUGAUCCCAAAACUCAUUGAUCCAUCGAUAACUCCAGGGUGGCUCACACACCGGCCUGUACCGCUUAAACCAAGCAGUAUCGCAGAACAGCAGAAAAAUGCUGCGUAUCUUACCAGUCGCUGGAAUUUGAGAGUGGAAAACAAGAUGAUCCAGUGGAUGAAGUCCAAUUCCAUCGAAAAUGAGGCGCCCGAGACACCAGAAGGGAGUCCCGAUGUGACGCAAGAUCCAAGAGAAAGCCAAUUUCUCGAAAAGGACUUCUACUACUACAACGUAGCACGGCAAGUCUUGGACAUGAUUGUUGAGCACCAACUUGAAAAAACCGGAAUAUCAGAUGCUUCUGGACUCGGCAAGGGAUCCUCGCCAUUCAAACGUGUUCAAACUCCUUGUCUCAGCGAAUCUCAACUGCACGAAGACUUGGGUGAAAAUUUCGACGAAUUAAACGGCUACCUUCUUUGCAAGACCCCUGACGAAUAUAUGUUCUGGGAUGCAUUCAACAUCGGGUCCGUGGCCAAGAGGUCCAUCGGCUCGGGGGCAGCCACAAUGAUUUCAGGUGGCCAUAGUCUCCGGGCCAGGCUCAGCAAAAGUUAUAGCAAUAAUGAUGCUGCUAAUAAUCCAUGA